ACCACCACCUCCACCCUUAUCCCCACCAGAUCUAGCUAGCACCACCACCUCCACCCUCAUCGGAGCCACCUCCCACCCAACCUCCUCGUCUGAAACACUGACCUCACACCCAAACCGCCGAACCCCCAGGCAACAACUCCCUCGCACAGCAGCCCGCGACCAACCCACCUCCCUACCUCCACCGUUAGCCGUCGAAUUAACCACCAGCACCUCCAAUUCGACCACAACAUCCACCAUCGCACUCAGUCCACAUCAGAGCCACCACAAGACCCUUCAGAGCCGGCGCUAAUUCCAUUGAAGCGGUCGCUCCUAGUUCGAUCUACAAAAUCCAAUUCGUGUUUGGGGUUCAGCGGUGCGGGGGUGGUCAGGGUUCCGAGAUCGGCGCUCUAGUGGGGUGAUGGUGAGAAGGAGGAGAGGGAAGGAGGGUUGUGGCAGGGGAUUUGGGAAUCUGGCUUGGCGGUGUUUGAGGUGGAGUUGGCGCACCGGCAGUCGGAGGAGUCUAGGUAGCAUCGCCGGCGAUCGGAGGAACUUGGGGUGGUGUGCCGAAAGGGAGAUGGUGGCUGGGCAGUUUGUGGGUGGUUUUUGGUGUUUAAGGUUAAUUUUUUUAAUUUUUCUUUUUUUUUUAAAAAAUAUAAAUCUAACUAUAGUUAAUAUUUAAUGAAAUUAGGUUAUGAAUGAGAUAAAAUUUUUAACUAAGGUCAUUUUGUAUAAUAAAAAAAGCAAAAGUUGAGGGUUACCGUUGAGAAAUUCCCAUAUAUAUAUAUCCCCUUCCUCCCUCCCAACGUUUUCAUUGAAACAUACGCAACGUUCUCCAUUGAAGCGGUCUCCGUUGAAUCUAACACUUGUAUGAUUGUAUACCCCAUUGAAGCAGCUUCUGAGGGUCUGGUGAAACAAUUUUUAUGGAGUGUGUGGUUCAGGGAAUAAUUGAGACCCAGCAUGUGGAAGCACUAGAGAUUCUUCUGCAGGGUCUUUGUGGAGUCAAUAAGGAGCGGUUAAGGAUUCAUGAGUUGUGCUUAAAAAGUAGCCCAAACCUUGGAUUUGUCUCUUCUGAGGUUCGACUUAUAUGUGAUCUGGAGCAGCCUGAACCUACUUGGCUUGUUCGUCAUGUUGGUGGUGCAAUGAGAGGUGCUGGCGCUGAACAGAUUUCAGUUCUGGUGCGGACCAUGGUAGAAAGCAAAGCUAGCAAGAAUGCCCUGCGCUUGUUUUAUGCACUUGGCUAUAAAUUGGAUCAUGAGUUGUUGCGGGUGGGUUUUUCCUUCCAUUUCCAUAGGGGUGCUCAAAUCACUGUUACUGUCUCGUCAGUUAAUAAGUUAUCAAAGUUGCAUGCGGUUGAUGACGGUGAUCCAGUCACACCAGGCAUACAAUUAGUUGAAGUUACUGCUCCUGCUACAUCUGAUAAUUAUGGUGAAGUUGUGACUUCUGUCUCUUCUUUCUGUGAAUACCUUGCCCCGCUGCUGCAUUUAUCAAAACCUGGUGUAUCUACUGGGGUAGUCCCAACUGCUGCUGCUGCUGCUGCAUCUCUGAUGUCUGAUGGUGGAGGCACAACUGUGUAGCUUCUGCUGAGCUGGGAGAUAUUACAGACGUGGAAAGGUGACCACAAGUCCAACCAUAAUUGAGAAUAAUAUGAUCAUCAAUCCUGUGAAGUUCACAACGAGCGCUUCUUGGGUUCGCUGAAGCUUCAAGAAGGUGAACUUUUCCACCAAACCCAUAACAGCAGUACAUAUUGCUAGAAGAAAUAUGACUAUGCCUCCAAAUACAUGCCAUGGUGCUACUGCUGCUCUGGCUGUUGAUUUAGAAUGCGGAAAU